ACAAAUACGAUUAUAAUACCAAGUGAGUCAGUCGACGAUCUGUUGUCAGCCAUGGGGCCUAAAAUUAAUGAUGUAGAAGUGAAAUUUAACGUAGAAGAUAGUUUUGUACUUGCUGCUCUACCGUAUAGGAAAGCUAGUUAUCAACGAGCUAAAGAGGCACAGGAUAAUGCAGAAACUCCUCAGAUUAGAAGUAAUGAACCAGCAAUUAUUGAACAUACGGAUGUUGGAGGACCUUUAAGAGUUUCUACAAGAGCUAGAUUCUCUUACGAGUUGGACAGAUACAACAAGAAUGCCUUAUUAAUAUUUGAAGGGAACACGACAGAUGUUCCUUUAAGCACGGAAGAUGAUGCAGACGAGAGUGAUGAUAUGAGCACGAAGUUCAAACGUACUUUUGAACAAUAUCGAUUUGAAGUAGAAGUCCACAGCAAUCUAAAUGAUGAUGAAAUUGCUAGCACUUGUGACAGAUUCUUCCAGCAAGACUUUACAGAUUACGGCUGCGUAGCAGUGAUGAUGCUGGCUAAGACGAGACGAGGCAUUGUGGAGACCAGUCACAGCCCUAGAAGUGAAUUCGGCGUGAUGCGAUACAUGUCUGACCUACUACCGCCUACGUUACGGGACAAGCCUACUAUUUACAUCGUGCAGACUGAAGGUUACUAUUUGGUACCUCGAGCACGAGUCUGGUCGACACUGCCGCAGGACAACCUGGAGUUCCGUCUCCUGGUCCCCAACGUUUCAUCUCCUGAUGUCAGGGGCCAACGCUCAUCUGGAGCCUGCCUCCUAAAGCAUAUAAACGAGAAGCUCAUGAGCCUAGGAGAUCAGACAGACUUCUGCACCCUUCUUCAAGAUGCUGUGAAUGAAUUCGUGCACCAAACGCCUACGCUCCAUGGUCAGCCUUUCAGAUUAUAUUCGUCUCUCACCAAAGAACUGAGACUAGUUAGGUCCCCUGAGCCUUGAGGUCUUGAUAAAGGAAUUUGUGUUUGAUGUUUGUUAUUUUGAAUUGGUACCUGAAAUAUAAUAAUUUUUUAAAUCGUGUUUGGAAUAGAUAAUGUGCACGCUUGCCUAGUCGAAGAAGCUGGUUAUUCUUCGAACGUAAAGAAUUAAAAUAACCAAAAGAAGUAAAGGGUUACUUACCUAUCGUUUGAUCGAAUUGUCCUCUCCAGAAAAUAAAUAUUGAGAUUUCUAUUGCUCCCAGUUUUACAUCAUUCAUUUUCUUGACCAUCAACGACCACAAAAAUGGUAGUUUAAAGAUGCUGAAGACAUUCUGCUUUCCUGUAAAUAAGGUCAAAGUACGGUUUCUGUUGAUUUGUGUCUGUGAAUGUUUUAUUAAUGUGAUGUAAGUAAAUAUACCAUUCAACUAUA